UCAGUACUCGAUGGCGGCCGAGACGUGCCCACGAGCCAAGCCGUCUAUGGCUUAGACGUCGUCGUCGUCGCCGCCGCCGUCGUCGUCGCCGUCGCCGUCGUCGUCGUCGUCGUCGCCGCCGCCGUCGUCGUCGUCGUCGUCGUCGCCGUCGUCGUUGCCGCUGCCGUUAUUGUGGCCGUCGCCGUCGUCGUCGUCGUCGCCGUCGCCGUCGUCGUCGUCGUCGUCGUCGCCGUCGUCGCCGUCGUCACAUUUUCAAUUAUCGUCAAAAUCCGACGAUUCUCUCACGAAACCUGCGUACGUCUGUAAUCGCCGUCCUGUCUGUCGGUGAAGAAGCGUAUUCACCGUCUCGAGAUCACGCGUACUACUCACAUAUACCCCACUCCUUUAAUUUCUCGUCUCGUGUAUGUGCUUAUUACGAGGAUUCCCGUUUGGUGCGACGAGUCGGCGUUGUGUGUGGUGCGUGCGUGCGUGAGAGUGCGUGCGUGCGUGCAUGGCUUGUGUAUCGUGAAGCUUAUAAGCAAAUCGUCAACGUUCCGACAGUAAAGGAAAAAAAGAAAAAAGAAAAGAGAAAAAGAAAGGAAGAAGAGGAAAGAAAGAGGCCGACGAGAAAGAGAAAGUGCCAAACGCGAUGUGCAAGCGCAACCGCUCGAAUCGUCGCUCGGGCUCGAGUUGACCCUUCAAAGGAUGGACCUCCUCUUCCUCCAGUUUGAUCGAAGAAACGCAUCGCCGUCGUGGCAUUGGUAAACACGACCUCUACCGUUUACAAAAACAGUAAGUCACAUAUUUGGAAUAAUCAUGUCCACUAAGAGACGCCGUGGGCCACAAUUAAUCUUAGAUAAUAAAAUAGUACGUGAUGGCUACAACAGAUAGGAUGAGUGGAUCUCGGCAAAACGAAUCACGUUGCUUCAAUGAAAACUCUCCAAGGCCACCAGUGCCUGGAGAGGAAACAGGAGGCCAUGUAAGUAGGUUCCGUCCACAGAGUCCAGCUCUGACCCCUAGACGUUCUUCUUUAGCAACACCAACAGCAUUGGGUUCUUGCGAUGCUUCUGCACCAUUGGGUUUUGAGCCAGAAGGUUGCUGCGGAACCACCACUAUGGAGUGUGACUCGUCUCCUCCUUGUUUACGGUGGGCCAGGAACCUGCAUUCCUUACUGCAGGAUUCGGUUGGUCUGGAACUGUUUAGAAAGUACCUGGAUCAAGAAGGCAAACCACAUGCGAAUCCGCUUAAUUUUUGGUUUGCCUGUGAAGGCCUCAAAGAACAAAGCGAUCCAGAUAGAAUUAACCAGUUGGUUAAGCUUAUUUACAGAAAAUUUUUUCUCAAGUCUCAGCUAGCCAUACCAGAAGAUGUAAGAAAAGAGGCUAAUCGUCGUGUAAAAGAAGGCAGAGUAGAUGAGAAAGUUUUUGAUGCUGUACAAUUAGAAGUGGAACGUCUCAUCAAUGAGACUACGUAUCCAAACUUUCUUCGAUCAGAAAUGUAUCUUCAAUAUGUACAGUCUUGCCAAAAUCCAGACUCUGGUGGAUGCCCAAGCUCUGGUUCUAGUCGAGAAAUGUCUGUUUCCUGUGGACCAAGCUUGCUACCUACUGUACACGAGGACAGUGAAUUUGUUACCUCUGUACACAGCUCGCAUUCAGCGAGCGAGACGCCUGGAGAAUUGAGAAGCGAGCUAAGGCUAACCAAAGAUGUGUUGAUAGCUACUCAACAGACUAGAGCAAUGGAUGUGCGGCCUAAGCCAGAAGCGUGUGCUGGCAUUUAUUUGCAACAUGGAGCUAGUCCGUAUCAUAUGCUCGUACCCAGACUGCACACACAAUACUCUUCCUACAACCCAGUGUCCAGACAAGAUUCAGAACUCCAAAGCUUAAGCAGUGAUGCACGAACUGAAUCAGACAAUAUAUCUAUCACCGAUUCAUCUGUCGAUGGAAUGUCGAUGGGCAGACAACGUAGUAAAAAACAAUAUUCAAGACAAUCUAGAGGAAUGAAGGAAUUAGCCAAUUUAAAUCGCGAUCCAAUGGCACAUCAUGUCAUCAUACCUCGAACACAACGGGUACCACGAGAUCUCACGCAACCUUUGAAGCCAGAAGAGUUUGCGCAGGUUCUUAUAGAAAGAUUGGAAAGCGUCAAACGAGAGAGAGAAACACAAGAAAAACUUGAUCGUCAUCUACAAGAAAGCGAAUUACUUAGUAUAGAUACUUCUACGGAAGCCUUACCUAGUAAUAGUGCUCCUAAAGCACUUGCUGAUGCUCUAAGAGAAAAAUUAUCAACAGACGAAGAUAGUGAUCAGGCGAUUUUAGAUCAGCACGUGUCAAGAGUUUGGUCGGAUUUAACACCUUCCAGAUCUCCUGGUCUUUUAUCACCUAGAACGCAUUCACCUGAAAGAAGGCGUCCCAUGCAUAGUUACCCACGAUCGUACAAACAAAGGAAAGAAAAGGACGUAUUUUCUACUUUCUCAGCAGACAGUGGGAAUAUUCACGACUUUCCAGAAGGUAGUGAGCUUGUUCAUGAAUUUGGUUACUUUCCUAAAUCAAAAUCCGUUCCAUCCGAUUAUGCAGAUUCCCUCCAUAAACAGGAUCUUUAUCUUCAAGCUCAUGAUCAAAGAUUUAGAAGAUUAGAUAUGACAAGAAGAUCCUCUACAAAGAAAUCAAUGACAGAGUUAACGGACAGCGGUGUGAGCGUUGUAAGCGAUGUUCCACCGUUGAAUGUGUGCAAAGAUACUCGUCUAUUAUCGUGGUUGAAGGAGACGGAUAAGAAAGCGGAUAUUAAGCAUAGCCGGCAUGGCAAAAAAUACGGAUCUAGAAGUGGUUCCUUGGAACGAACAAGUAGGGAAAGUUGGGGUGUACCUGCGCAACCAUUUGUUGCAGAUCCUGGAAUGCCUCCCCUACCACAACCACAUACGGCAACUCAGUUAGAAGAGGCACGAAGAAGGUUGUUAGCGGAGGAAGAAAGGGUACGCGGUUGUUGCAAACAACGACAUGCAAGUACAUCGAAACAAGCACAUGAUCCUACUGUACAGAGCCAGUGUUGCAAUCAAUCGAAUCAAUCUACGUUAAAAAAGACUAGACAAGAUGCUGGAGAUUUCACCACCGUUGUGUUCAGUUUCUGUGACGAGCAAUUCCCUUAUCGAACCAAAAUUCCUGGUCGUAACGUCACGUUAAAACAGUUUAAGGAAUACCUUCCGAAAAAGGGCAGUUAUCGAUAUUUCUUUAAAACCGAGUGCGAAGACUUAGACGUAAAAGUUAUACAGGAAGAAAUAACAGAUGAUUCUGAGAUUCUGCCAUUGUGGGAAGGCAAAGUGAUGGCACAAGUUAAGACGCUUGAGUGAUAGACUGAUAAAGCAUAUGUUGAGCAAAGAUUGUCUUAACCCAUCGGCUUACCUAAUCGUCAGAUUGACGGGGUCACCUUCGUGUGCCUUGAAUUAACCUAGUCGUAGAUUUGAGGAAUUUAUUUGCGACGAUAAGGCCAUAUCCGAUGGUCUAUAUAAGCUACUAUCACUAUUUUUGCAUUUAAGAAUUCUUUAUCCGCUGCUUCUUUAAUUUAGAAAUAUUGUAUAUUAUAUAAAAAUCAGUUUAUGUACUGUAGAAAAAAAGAAAAAAAAAAAAAAAGAAUAGAAACCGGCUUCCUAUCUUGUCGCUUGAUAGCCAUUGUCUUGUGGCUAAACAGUAUCGAUAUUUUUUUUAUUUUUUUUUUUUUUUCUUAUUUUAAUUUUCGAUUCCUCUUUUAAGCUUACGCCAUAUACGUGUAUAGUUUGGACAGAGUGAGAGAGAGAGAGAGAGAGAAAGAGCGAGAGAGAGAGCGAGAGAGAGAGAGAGAGAAAGAGCGAGAGAGAGAGAGAGAGCGAGAGAGAGAGAGAGAGAGAGAUAUACCGUUCCCGAAAUAUAUCUUUUCCUACUUCCAAUGGCCUAUAAAAAUUGUGUUCGCAUAAUUGUCAUUGAUAUAAAGUAUAGGUUUUUCGAUGAAAGAAUUAGAAAAAUAAUUCAUUAGAUAUUUUAUUAUUAUUAUUCUCGCAUCGUCAUCCGAAUCUCCGAAUUUUCUCACUCCUAAUAAUAAUUGUAUUUAUCUAAGAAGGACAUAAUUUUUACACGAAAUGAGCGUCUUCCACGAAAUAUUGCUAAUGACUCUCUUUUAUGACAAUGUUUUUUAUUGCAAAUCUAAAGAAAUAAGAGAAAAAAAAACUUCCUAAUUGCACGGCCUGUCAUAUACUUAAUAAUUUUACGCAAAGAACGAAAAAGAAAAAAAAGAAAAA